UGUAAGUAGUGUCAGUGAAACGUGAGAUCCAUAUAAUCAAGCAAGCAUCUACAAAAUAUAAAUCAUCCCAAAUUCAUCACUACAAAUAUAAAUCAACCCAAAUCCAAGGGCGAAGGGCCAAUGCACUGUACGCUCAUAUGAUACUCCUAUCCACCGACAUGAACCACACCUUUCUCACAGUCACACGAUUUUAAGAAAUAAUACAGAGUUAAUUUUUUUUAAUAAAAUAGAAAUCUUAAUUUUUUCUACUACUAUAUUAAUGUUAGAGAGAACUAUAUUUUUAGUUUAUUGGCAUUGUAUUAAUGUCAUAUUUGGAUUCUUAUUUUUCAAAAUUAUCACUAGACGUCCAUGGAGGUUGAUAUAAUAUCACCGAUGGGAGUUUUGCAUUUUUGGACCAAAAAUAUCAUUAAGGCUAUAGGGGUUAUUUAUGUCUUUUCUAUGAGAAAAAACGUCACCUUGAUUCAUUCAUUUUCCUUCAAGUAUGUGUCGUGAUGAUCAAUUAUUUGCACAUAACUUGACGAAGUUUAUGGGGAGAAUAAAACAGAAAUGAAUGAACCAAGUGUGUCAAAGUGAUAGAUUUCUCUCUAAUAAAAAAAUAUAAAUAAAUAUUUUCUCUGUCUCAUUCAAGAUAUCCAUCUUUUAUUUUUAGUUUGUCUCAUUCAACAUAUCCAUUUUCUAUAAUCGAAUAUAAAUCUCUCUCAUAUAUCAUUAUUAAAAUAUUCAACUAUUUUUUUUCAAUCUAACGUUCAAGAAUGGGGUACUUUAUUUUUAAAAAGUCUUAACAACCGCACAUCGAUACUAUAUGUCAUAUUUUUAAAAAGUAGAAACUGCAGAUAAUAUUAGUACAAUAUAUAGGACUAAAUAUGUCAUUCCCUUUAAAUUUUAUAAUAAAAUAUACAGUAAUUAAAAUAAAUUAGCGAUGUUAAAGUUUUAUGAAAAUACAAAAAAUAGUGGAUUAGUUUUUGAAGUGGCGAAGUCAAAUUUGGUUGUUUUCAACUGGUUCGAGGCUUCGAGGAAAGAGAUAGAAUUCAAGUGUAUAAAGAAAGAUAAGAUAAUGAAAAGUGACAAGCAUCAUCAAACAGCUUACUUACCUCAAUGGAGAAACAUGAAAUUGCAGUGAUCACAGUUCCAUUUCCGGGGCAAGGCCACCUCAACCAGCUGCUUCAGAUCUCCGCCCUCCUCUCCUCCCACGGCCUCCCUGUCUACUACGCCGCCGCCGCCAUCCACAACCGCCAAGCGCGAGCUCGCCACAACGGCUUGAACGUCUCCCAAAUCCACUUCCUCGACCUUCCCACUCCUCCCUUCGCCUCUCCUCUCCCCGAUCCAAACUCCUCAAUCAAAUUCCCCACGCAGCUCCAGCCCGCCUGGACAUCCUCCUUAGCCCUCCGAGAACCGCUCGCCGCCUUCCUCACCGACGCCGCCGCGAAAUUCAAGCGAAUCGUCGUCGUUCACGACUCGAUGAUGGCGGCCGCGGUCCAGGACGUCGCCUCGAUUCCUAACGCUGAAUCCUACGCGCUCUGGUGCAUCUCUGCUUACUCUCUCGCUUCCUACUUCGCCAGGGACGAAUUGAAAACGGUAUCCUCUUUCGAAGAGGACGAAUUGCCGGAGGAGAUCCGGAAUCUCACGAUGCUACAACAGGAGCCGCUGAAAUUGAGAUCCGGAGAUCUGUACAACACCUGCAGAUUGAUCGAAUCGCCGUAUCUGGAUAUGCUAGAGAGAGAACAGGCGGUGCGGAACUGGGCGAUAGCUCCGAUCCUUCCGCCGCCGGAUGAAAAUCAAUCUCACAAAACCCUAGAAUGGAUCGAUGAACACGAACCGGAUUCCGUGAUCUACGUUGCGUUCGGCACCACGAUUUCGAUGUCGGACGAUGAAAUCGGGGAGCUCGCCUUCGGAUUGGAGCAGAGCGGAGUGAAAUUCCUCUGGGUGCUGAGAGAUGCCGAUAGAGGCGACGUGUUUGAUGACCAGAUCCGGCGAGCUAGGGUGCCGGAGGGGUUCGAGGAGAGGGUGAAAGGGGUGGGGAUGGUGGAGAGAGGCUGGGCGCCGCAGCCGCAGAUCCUGGCGCAUCCGGCGAUAGGGGGGUUUAUGAGCCACUGUGGGUGGAAUUCGUGCAUCGAGAGUGUGACGACGGGAGUGGCGAUGGCGGCGUGGCCUAUGCAUUCGGAUCAGCCCAGGAACACUGAGCUGAUUACACAAGUGUUGAGAGUGGGAAUUGCGGUGAGAGAGUGGAGAGAUAGGAAGGAGGUUGUGAAAGCGGGGAAUAUUGCGGAGGUGGUAAGGAAGCUGAUGACGUCGGAGGAAGGGGCUGAGAUACGGCGGAGGGCGAAGGAGCUAGGCGCUGAUGUAAGGCGGGGUGCUCAGCCCGGCGGCGCUGCUCGUGCUGAAUUGGAUUCGUUCGUAGACCAUGUAACCAGACACAGAGACUGAAUUUUACUACUGUAUUUUGAAUGAAUUACUACUAUUAUUACAUUUUCUAUUGUUAAUUGAUUAUACUACUACCAACUUUGAAAUUA